ACUAUCUUCGAGCAUAGAGGAGAUAUUAGCGAACGGUGUUGAUGAAGAUGAAAGGCCUGUCAAUGACGGCAGCGCUGCUGCUGCUCUGUGUCGCCGCAGCCAACGCUCAGUGGGACUCUAACUCUGACAACGGAGAGGUGAUUGUACAUCUCUUCGAGUGGAAGUGGGCGGACAUUGCCGCGGAGUGCGAAAACUUCCUCGGGCCUAAAGGCUUCGCAGGUGUUCAGACGUCUCCACCCAACGAGUAUAUAGUAGCAAUGCAGGAUGUUAUUAAGAGGCCGUGGUGGGAGCGCUACCAGCCUGUCUCCUACAAAAUUGUCUCCAGAUCUGGUGACGAAAACGCCUUCAAAGACAUGGUCCAGCGAUGCAAUGCUGUUGGCGUCAGAAUAUAUCCGGACGCAGUGUUCAACCAUAUGACGGGUAGUUGGCCCUCUGGCACCCCAGGCGUUGGUGGCAGCAGCUUCGACUCAGGGUCGGAGAAUUACCCUGGCGUGCCGUACUCGGGCUUCGACUUCAAUGACGGCAACUGCAACAGCGGCUCUGGCAGCAUUGAAAGCUACCAGGAUGCCAACCAGGUUAGGAACUGCAAGCUGUCAGGUAUGAACGACCUGAACCAAGGUUCGGAAUAUGUGAGAGGCAUGAUCAUGGGCUACCUCAACCACCUCAUCGAUAUCGGAGUGGCUGGCUUCCGAGUGGACGCUUGCAAGCACAUGUGGCCUGGGGAUCUGGACGUGAUCUUCAACGGCCUCAACAACCUCAACACGGAUUACUUCCCAGCUGGAUCACGACCCACGAUCUUCCAGGAGGUCAUCGACCAAGGCGGCGAGCCAGUGACAGCCUCUCAGUACACCGGCCUCGGCCGCGUGACAGAGUUCAAGUACGGCCUGAGCCUCGGCUCUGCGUUCCGUGGCAACAACAAGCUCACGUACCUCAGUAACUUCGGCGAGGGCUGGGGCUUCCUGCCCCGGGCAUAUUCCCUGGUCUUUGUGGACAACCACGACAACCAGAGAGGAAAUGGUGGCGGCGGCGACCAAAUUCUCACUUUCCGCACUCCCAGAUGGUACAAGAUGGCCACUGCUUUCACCCUUGGCUGGCCCUACGGCUACACGAGGAUCAUGUCAUCCUACAACUGGCCCCAGGACAUCCAGAACGGCCACGACAACAACGACUGGAUCGGCCCGCCCCACGACAGCAACUACAACAUCAUCUCUCCCACGUUUGGGGCCGACGGCGCCUGCCAAGGCGACUGGGUUUGCGAGCAUCGCUGGCGGCAGAUCUACAACAUGGUCAUGUUCAGGAAAGUCGUCCACGGGACUGACUCGAACGAUUGGUGGGACAACGGCAACAACCAAAUAGCUUUCUGCCGUGGCAACAAAGGCUUCUUGGCCAUCAACAACGAGAGCUAUGACCUCAAGCAGACUCUCCAGACUUGCCUGCCUGCGGGCACGUAUUGUGACGUGAUCUCUGGCAACGUAUCUGGAGGCUCGUGUACCGGCAAGAGCGUCACGGUCGGCAGUGACGGCACGGCUUACAUUGAGAUCCUCACUUCCGAGGAUGAUGGCGUCUUGGCCAUCCAUGCCCAGUCGAAGAUCUAAGGAGGCUGGGUAGGACAAGCUAUAGCGCGUGGCAGCGGACAUCGGUCAAGUGUGACCACGGUUCCAUCCAUUAUUUUGUAUGAAUAAAUUUCAACCAACAA